AUGAUUGUCUCGGCCUCAAUGUCCCCACCUGUACGGUGGAGUGAGGCAGGUGGUCUCUGCGUGGCCUGCCCGUGGAACCGGAAUUGUGACUGCUUUGAGAGUGGGCUGUGGUGUAGCAAGUACUUGCCAGUCCCUGGGAAGUGCCCAGCCCUGUGGGGGAAGUGGACCUGGCAGGAGGCUCUGGCCAGCGCCCUCUCUGCGCAGGCCAAGGGCAGAAGGCCAAGAAGGCCGGGCCGCAGGCCCUGUCCUCAGAUGUGCCCUCCAGCUGAGCCUGCCCCUGGAAGGAGCCCAAACGGCCACCUGGGCCUGCAGGCAGAAGCAUGGGAGCGCCGGUGCGGAAACCAGCAGAAACAGCAGGAAGCUGGGGGUCUGAGUGGGAGUGGGGCUGCCAGUGCCUGCCGGGGCCAUGCGUGUUUCUGCGUGAAUCCUGGUCUUGCACAGAGGGCCCAGGCUGUGAGCAUUAGCAACGCUGGUUCACUCGAAACUGGUUUGGGGGUUCAAGGUGGGGUCCCAGUCCUCACGCUGCCCCUUGUGACCCUGAGCAAGUCCCCAGCUUCCUGGGCCUCGGCUUCCUCGCAAGUGAAGUGGAGUCCCCAUCCUGGGCGCCGAGGGCGGGGGCCGGGCAGCCCCUCCUGCAGUGCCCCGCGCGACCACACGGUGGCACUGGUGAGCUCCGCCGCUGCAGACCCCCGUCCCAAGGCACCUCUGGAGUUCGGCGCUCUCAGCCCCGCUCCCACCCGAUCUCCCCACCCCCGCACGCGGCCCCCGUGGGGGCUUCAAAGAAGCCGUGGGCACAUCUGUACAGCCCCCCGCCACCGACUCUACACCGCCACGCGGGGGACCGGUCGUGCCCGGGUCCCUGCCCUCCUGCUCUUGCCUGAGCGCCCUACCCUGCAGGCAGAGAGCCCGAGUGGGGGUGGCCGGUAUGAGGAGGAGGAUAGGUACCCCCUUGUCGUGCAUGGGCGGGACCCAGGCCCAGAACUGAGAGCCAGAGGCGAGGACCCAAGAGCUAGUGAGACGGGGCAUUUAGCGCAGGAGGAGGGGCUGGGGCAGCAGCGCGACCAUGGGGGCGGGACUCAGCUGAGUCUGGGGUCUUCUGGAAAACGGAUGGCCAGCCCCGGUGUCCUUAAAUCCAAGGCGGUGCCUCGGUUGAGGCUCCCAAUGGGCCUUCUAGAAGGUUCUUCGCGCACUGUCCGGGUCAGAACUGGGCGCCCGUGCCCGUUAGCCCCCAGCCCCAACCAGGAAGGACCCACCAGCUGCGGGGGGAAGCGCCCUGCUCGGGAUCUGCUGUGCCGCAGGUCGCAGCGCGACAGGAGCCUGGGGCGCCGGGGACGGGGGAACGCUGGGCGGCACCCCCACGAGGGGCAGGAAGGUCGUGGCCUUGUGACUCGGGCCGCGAGGCGGGCGGCAGAGCCCGGAGGGACCCGACCCAGCCGGAACGGGGGUCCGCGCAGACCUGGGAUCCCCCAGAUGGGGCCCCCCCCGCCCCUCCCCCCCGCGUCCCCCCCCGCCCCUCCCCCCGCGUCCCCCCCGCCCCUCCCCCCGCGUCCCCCCCGCCCCUCCCCCGCGCCCCUCCCGUCUCACUUCUCGGGCUCGCCCCCUUCUGUUGUUUCCGUGGGGGCGGGGCAGCCUUCACUCCCAGCCGACCCCCUCCUCUUGCCCCCCCUACGGGCGGCAGGGGCGGGGGAGGAGGGGACCCGGCACCCCUCCGCGCGGCCCCCCACCGAGCCCCCCGCCGACGCUCGGCCGGCCCGUCGCAGGCACCCGGCCACAGCUGGAACCCAUUACGCCCCCAGCGCCUCCUGGGACAGACUGGAGGAUACCAUCCUGGGCCCCAUGGCCAGCAGAGAGGACCGGGCACUGACUGUCCGGGGGGAAGGCCAGCAGGCGUCACCCACCCCCGUGCCUGUCCGCAUCCGUGAGAUCGUGGCCGGCAGCCUGGGCGAGGAGCAGCCGAAAGGUGAGGGGGGGGUGCUGGAGCCCCCUGCUGCCGCGGCCCAUACGCGGGAGGAGAAUGAGCUGCUGCAGAAAGAGCUGGCCCGGCUGGAGGACCUGCUGGCCCAGGCGGGCGCCGAGCGGGACGAGCUGAGCAGCAGAUACCACGCAGUCAGUGAGCGGCUGCAGGCCCGGCUGGAGACGACCGAGGCCCGGCUGCGGAGGUCAGAGCUGGAGCACAGCGUGGACCUGGAGGAGGCUCUGGGUCGGCUGGAGGCCGCCGAGCAGAGGAGCACUGGCCUCGCACAGGUGAACACGCUUUUGCGGGAGCAGCUGGAGCACAUGAAGAAGGCCAACGACGCACUGGCGGAGGAGCUGGCCAGGACGGCAGGCGGUGUGCUGCGUCUGAGGGGUGAACUGGGGCGUCGGGAGGAGCGGCGUCAGCCCAAGAAAGAGGGGUGUGGGGAGUCCCAGAACCUCCUGCCUCUGUGGAGACAGGCCACAGCACUCCAGGCAUACCUGGCUGAACUUCGAGCAGCCACCGAGAGGGGUCUUGCCGACAUGCGGGCAGAGGCGGCCAGGACAGCGCGACGCCUGCACACGGCUUGCCUGAACCUGGACCCCAACCUGCGGCUGUCAGCCCACAGUGCGGCCGGUGCCCAGGAGCAGCAGCUGCGUGACAAGGUUCAGGAGAUGCUGGCACUGCAGGGCUGCUGGGACGCUGAGAAGGUGGCACUGCAGGCCAGACUCUCGGAGCAGACGCAGCUGGUGGAGCGGCUCACAGAGGAGAACACCGAGAAGGAGGGCACCAUCCGUGCCCUCACAGUGGAGGUGCAAGGACUGGUGGCCAAGGCAGACUUGGGGUGCACAGAGCUGGUGCAGAGCGGCAGCACAGAAGGCUAUGAGAUGCUGGGCCAACCAAAGAGGCCCCUCCACACCACGUACCCCGGACCUGGGGGGCUGUCCCCGCCCCAGGCCCAAUCCCCAGCUGCCCUAGACCCUGCCCUGCGGGCCGUGCGGGUGGCCAUUGAGAGGCGACAGCAGAGGGAGCAGGAGCUACGCUGGAAGCUGGAGGCCUCCCAGGCAGUGGCGGCUGGGCUCCGGGAACAGCUAUCCGAGUGCAGGCAGGAGCUUCUGGCCUCGAAGGGACCCCUGUGGGAGCAGGCGUGGGAACAUGAGGCCCUCCUGGGCGAGCUGGAGGCCCAUCGCUGGGAGGCCCAGGGCUGCAGGGCAUCCGAGGAGCGCCUAGGAAGAGAGAAGGCGGCCCUGGAGGCAGUGGUGGAGGAGCUGAGAGGGCAAGUGGACAUCUCAGCUGUGGAGAGGUGCAGGCUGGAGGCCGAGAACGUGGAGCUGCAGAGAAGCCUGCUGCUGUGUGCGGAGCAGGGGAACGAGCUGGCCCAGCAGGAGCAACGGAGCCGGCGGGAGCUGGACACCAGCCAAGGGCACCUGGAGCAGCUGGAGGAGAAGGUGUCGGGGCUCAAGAAGGAGCUAGUGUUGGCCCGGGAAGCGUUGAAUGCCACACAGCUGCAGCGGGAUGUGCUGGAGGGCGAGAACGAGGGCCUGCGCAGUGCCCUAGCCCGGGCUGAGUCCAGCAACGCUGACCGAGAACUGCUGGUGACCCGGCUCAAGUCUGAGGGGGUGGAGCAAAGGGACUCCCUGGCCAAUAUGGCCACCCUGAUGGAGGGGCUGGCUCAGGACAAGGGCACCCUGAACCACCUGAUCCUCCAGCUGGAGCAGGAGCGGGACCGCCUUCGGGAGCAGCAACGGGUGCUGGAGCAGGAGCAGGCCCGCUCACUGGAGCAGCUGGCACGGGCAGAGCAGCAGCUGGCACGGGAGCAGGCGGAGCGCAGGAGCCUGCUGCAGGCCUUUGGGCACCUGGAGGAGCAGCAGGAGCAGCUGGAGGGGCAGGCGGCCCAGCUCCGGCGAGAGAGGGCCCAGCUGCAGGAGCAGGUGGGCCAGGUCACAUGCGGGAAGCAAGCCCUGGAGGAGCAGCUGGCACAGAGCCUGCAGGACCGGGAGGCCCAGAUGGACACCCUGCAGCGAGCCAUGCAGGAGAAGGAGGCUUUGUCCGAGGAGCGGGCCCAGCUGCUGGCCAAGCAGGAGGCUCUGGAGAGGCACAGCCGGCUUAUGGCCAAGGAGACAGCUGAUCUCAGGGUGGAGAGGGACUCCCUGGAGAGCAGCCUCUUUGAGGCCCGACAGCUGGUGUCGAAGUUGCAGACACAGCAGGAGCAGCUGGAAGGAGAGGCUCAGAGCGCACGCCUCAUGCGGCAGGCCCUGCAAGUGGACAUGGAGCAGCUGAAGAGUACGGGGGAGGUCCGGGAGACAAAGUUGCAGUGGGACUUGGAGCAGCUGCGGCGGCAGGUGGCACAGCAAGAGCGGGACUCACAGCUAGCCCUGGAGAGCCAGGCAGUGGCCCACCGUGAGGACCUGGCACGGCUCCAAAGGGAGAAGGAGACCAUGUGUCUGGCACUGUCAGAGGAAAAGGACAUGGCCGUGUGCCAGCUGCAACAGGAGAAGGAGCUGGUGGCAAAAGGUGCAGCCGAGAGAGAGGCUUUGAAGGAGGAAAUUCAGAACCUGAAGCAGGAGCGCGAUGAGAGCCUUCUCCAAAUGGAGCACGAAAUGCAGCAGGCCCUGUCUCUGAAAGAAGCAGAGCGGAACCUGCUGAGGGAGGAGCUCUCCACGGCCACACAGGAACUAGAGCGGGCACGGCAGGAGGCCCAGGGCCAGCAGGAGCGAGCCAAGGCCACCAUAUCCACGGUGACCGAGGAGCUGAGGGUUCUGCAGGCCCAGUUUACAGAUGCCAUCUCCACCCACCAGAAGGAGUCUGCAGCCCUGAGCACCAGCCUCCGUGAGGUGGCGGCAGAGCGGAGCAGCAUGGGAAGAGAGGCUGAACGGCUACGGGCGCAGCUGGACGUGGCUCAGGAAGGGCUGGCUGUACUGCGCCGGGAGCUGCAGGGCGUCGAGGAGAGCUGUGAGGGGCUGCGCAGGGAGGCCCUGGAGGCUCGCCGGGCGCUGGCUGACGAGGCCCGCGAGAAGGACGUGCUGCAGCUGUCUAACACUGAGCUUCGGGCCUCCAUCCGCACAGCCGAACAGGAGAAGGCCAGUUUUAAGCGGUCCAAGGAGGAGCAUGAGCAGAAGGUGCUGAUCCUGGAGGAGGCCCACGCCGCGGCCCGGAAGGAGGCGGGCGAGCUGCGGGCUGGCCUGCGGGAGGUGGAGAGGGCACGGGCGGACGCCCGCCGUGAGCUCCAGGGGCUCCGCAGACAGGUGAAGGCGCUGGAGGCUGAGUCCCAGAGGAAGGGCCAGGAGGUGGGAGAGCUGCAGGCCAGAGCUGCCCGGGACACGCAGCUGCAGGAGCAGGGCCAGCAGGAGGCGCUGGAGCUGCAGAGGAGGGCGGCUGAACUGGAGGUGGCCUACGAGGGGGCCAGGAAGGAGGUCCUGGGGCUGCAGCGGAAGCUGGCGGCAGCGGAAGCCAGUGGCGAGGCCCAGGAGAAGCAGCUCACGGCACAGCUCCGGGACAGCCGGGCAGCUGAGCAGACGCUGCAGGCCGAAGUACGCAGUGUGGCCCGGAAGCUGCGGCUGGCAGACGGCACGGCCGAAGGGCUCCGGGCACGCCUAGACAGCGCCUGCAGUCGGAUCCGCGGCCUGGAGCAGGAACUGGCCCAGGCAGAGGGUGCCCGGCGGGACGUGGAGACCCAGCUGGACCGUCUGUGUUCCACCCUGCGCCGUAGCCUGGGGCUCCAGGGGCAGAGCCCCGUGGCCUCCCCUGAGCGGUCUAGCUCCCCCACCAAAGGCUCCGAUGGCUCCCAGGCUCAAACCUGGCGGCAGAGCACCAGCCCCCCUGCAGAAUCCUGUUCGCAGUUACGAUGGCCCUCGCCUGGCGCCAGGGACGUGGAGGUCCUGGAUGUGGUCUGUGUUCGGAAUGCGCUGAGGGACUUCGUGCAGAAGCUGUGGGAUGCCCAGAGAGAGCGCGACGACGCACGCUGCCAGGCAGUAAGCCUGAGCAGCCAGCUAAGUGAGGCAGAGAGCGCCCGGGCCCGAGCCCAGAGCCGCACCGCGCAGCUGCAGGAAGCGCUGGCCGAGGCUGAGGAAGGCCAGCGACGGGCGGAGGCCGAGGUGAGCAGUGUGCAGGCGGCUCGGGCUCUGCAGGAGGAAGCUCUCAGCAGACUGGAGAUGGAGCACCUGGCAAGCACCCGGGCAGCGGACAAGGAGAGAUGCCGCCUCCAGGAGCAGCUGGACGCGCUGCACCAGGCGCUGGAUGAGAGCAGGAGGCAUAGCCAGGGCCUGGCCGCCACCGGGAGGCUGCUGGAGGGGCAGCUGGCAGGCCUGGAGCGCAGGUGCCAGGAGGCGGAGGGCACCCUGGAGCCCCUGCGGCAGACGGAGCGUGAGACGAUGAGGAGGGAGGGGACCGCAGCAAGGCUGGAGGCCAAGAAGGAGCAGCUGGACCAGUCGCUGAGUGCCCUGCACCAGGAGGUGAACGGGGCCCUGCGGCAGAACCAGCAGCUGCAGGCCCAGAUGGCAGAGCUGGAGCAGGCCCACACCCAGCGGCUCCAGGAGCUGGCAGCCCAGCACCAGCAGGACCUGGCCGCAGAGGCCGAGCAGCUUCAUGGGGCCCAGCUGCAGGCAGCACAGGCCCUGGAGUUCCGAGAGCGGACCCACCAGCAGCGGGUGAAGGUGCUGGAGCAGCAGGUGGCCAGCCUGAGGGAGCAGCUAGACCAGGAAGAGCAGCGGCGGCGACAGUCCCCCCAGGCCGGGAAACCUGGUCUUGAGGAAUCCCCCUCCCUGCCCGGCCCUCGGGACCUUUGCUUCCGGCCGGCACAGGACCAAGCGCGCUGGUUCCAGUGCCUCCGCCCGCUGGGCCUGGCCUGGCGCUCAGUUUCCGCCGUGGACGUGCUGAUCGGGCCAGGCCCAGCCGGCGGCUGCCUGGGCCCCGGCUGCAUUCCACGCCCUCGCUCUGUAAACACGGGGAAACACGUGGAAAACAUUUCCACCACCCGGAGCCAAAAACAGAAUGUCCUGCAGGGCCUGCCACCCGCUCCAGGAACCGAGGCCGUCACGCUGGCAGGUGGCUGGAAGUGA